AUGAGCCGGGUUCUAAGACCUCUCGUCCGGCUACCAUGGCGGAGCAUCCCUCUACGCCCGUUCCUCGCUCGAAGGAGCUAUUCAACCCCAUCUAUGGAACAGGCACAGGAGCCAAAGACAGACUAUCCUGCCCUGGACAAAGUGGUCAAAAAAAUUGGUUAUACUGACUAUGCUCAAGAAUAUAUGGGAAAGCCCGCUCCGGCAGGGGUCAGGCUAUCGAAAUCCAAACUGGCUCUCAUGAUUGACGGAGAGAUUAAGGGAUACAGGUACAUGCUCCUGCGCGAUGCCUGUAAAUGCAACCUCUGCGUUGACGAACAUUCGAAACAACGCAAGUUCCGCACUACGGACAUUUCUCCCUUAAUUCGUCCUCGGGACGUCAAAUGGGACGGCAAGGAGCUGCAGAUAAAGUGGUCGUCUGAUAUCGAGGGAUGGGGCCCGGACCAUGUGUCCAAGUAUAAUGAGGCAACAUUUAAAGAGUCGAGGGCCAACCCUCCCAAAUCGGAUACGGGCAAGCUGAGGCGUCGAUUUUUCUGGGACAAGAAGAUGAUGGAAGAUAUUCAGCACUGGGUCUCGUACGAGGAUUACAUGAACGACGAAAAAGCAUUCAUGAAGGCUAUGCGGCUUCUAUCUCUGACGGGCAUCAUCUUCGUUAAGGAUAUCCCCGACUCGCGGGAAAUGGUUGAGAAGAUUGCAACCCGGAUGGGGCCCCUGCGAAACACCUUCUACGGACCGACAUGGGAUGUCCGCAGCGUCCCCCAGGCGAAGAACGUCGCCUACACCAACGUCUCCCUCGGAUUCCACAUGGACCUCAUGUACAUGAACGAGCCCCCGGGCUUUCAGCUGCUACACUGCCUCGAGAACUCAUGCGACGGGGGCGAGUCCCUCUUCGUGGACAGCUUCCGAGCUGUGGAUCUAGUGCGUUAUAGAUCCCCCGAAGCCUUCGAAGCUCUGAGCAAGCUGCAUCUGAACUACGAAUACAACCACAAGGAACACGUCUACAACAACAGCUGGCCUGUAUUGGAGACGGAAUCCGUUGACUCGAAGAAACGAAUCGUCCGCGUCAACUACUCGCCCCCCUUCCAAGCGCCCAUGGUCUUGGAUGACGACAUCCACGCGCACUGGACUGAGUAUAGGCGAGCUCUCGCGAUGUUCGCAAGUAUAAUCGAACGCGAUAACCUCGUCUUCCAGCUUAAGUUGAACCCGGGCGAAUGUGUCAUCUUCGAGAAUCGCCGAGUCCUCCACGCCCGUAACAAGUUCAACACCGAACAGGGUAAGCGGUGGCUGGCGGGCGCCUACGUCGACGAGGAUGCCGUUCUUUCCACCUUCAGAACGUCUCGUAACGCCAAUGCCAAUCUCUGGCAUAGAACCCGUGUUCAGCCUCCGCUCAAGGCGGCCGCAGAGGGACAAGCUACCGCCGAAGAUAACGGAACAGAGUAA